AAUUUUGCGAAAUAAUAAAUAGAUUCUUAACAUACAAAUAAGCGAAUAAAUUAACUAUUUCUAAAGCUUAAAAUAUUUUUUAGUUUCUAAAACCAGCAGUAUUACGACAAAGAAGAAGGUUGUAACAGUGUUCCCAACCGAAAAGGACACCGAAAUCUCCAAAAGGGUCACCUUUCGAGGGCCCCCAAGCGACCCGCCUCCGUCCAUCCGUUGCGUCCUAUCGUCGCGGCGCUUCUCGCACUCGCACGGUGAGCGCGCCCAAAAACAACGCCAGAGAACAACGCCAGAGAACUGGCCUCGGCAGCAUUUAACACACCAUGGCUUCGCGUAGACUCCACAGAGCCGUGUGGAUCGGCGGUGGAACCUUGGUAGCCGCGUACGGCUUGGUCCGCUACACCGACCGCAAGCAGGGAGCCGUCGUCGUCGCUGCGGAUCUCAAGGAUACACCGAGCCGACCACACCUGCCGCUUCCAUCCCGAGCCACGCAGCUCAAGAACCUCCGCGAAACACCUGAAUUCGACGUGCUCGUCAUCGGCGGAGGCGCGACCGGCGCCGGCGUCGCCCUCGACUCCGUGACGCGAGGCUUCAAGACCGCGAUGGUCGAGAUCUACGACUUCUCGGCCGGCACGAGCAGCCGCAGCACCAAGCUCAUCCACGGUGGCGUCAGAUACUUGCAAAAAGCCAUCAUGAACCUAGACAUCGAACAGUACCGGAUGGUCCGCGAAGCGCUGCAGGAGCGCGCUAACCUGCUCACGAUCGCGCCUCACCUUUCGACCCCGUUGCCGAUCAUGCUGCCCAUCUACCGUUGGUGGCAGGUACCGUACUACUGGGUCGGCAUCAAGAUGUACGAUUUGGUCGCCGGCAAGCAAUGCCUGAAAAAGAGCUACUUCUUGUCUUCCAAGCGCUGUCUGGAACUGUUCCCGAUGCUCAAGAAGGAACACCUCUGCGGGGGUCUGGUCUACUACGACGGACAACACAACGACGCUCGCAUGAACAUCAGUAUCGCGCUCACGGCCGCCCGCAACGGCGCCAGCAUCGCGAACCACACGGCCGUCAUCGGCUUGCUCAAGAAACGGGACAAGGACGGGAAAGAGGUCGUUUCCGGUGCGAGAGUCAAGGAUAUGCUCACAGGGGACGAGUUCGAGGUGAAGGCCAAGUGCGUCGUCAACGCGACGGGACCCUUCACGGACACCAUCCGCAAGAUGGACGACCCCAACGCCAAGCCCAUCUGCCAGCCGAGCUCCGGAGUCCACAUUGUCCUGCCAGACUACUACAGCCCGGACCACAUGGGACUCCUGGACCCGGACACGAGCGACGGACGCGUCAUCUUCUUCCUCCCCUGGGAAAACACCACCAUUGCCGGAACGACAGAUCGACCUUGCCCGGUGACCCACUACCCGGCCCCCACAGAAGACGACAUCCUCUUCAUCCUCAACGAAGUCCGCCACUACCUGAAUCAAGAUGUUGUUGUCCGUCGCGGCGACGUGCUAUCUGCCUGGGCAGGCAUCCGGCCGCUCGUCGUCGACCUGAACAAGACGAAGCCUGGGAAGACGGAAGCCAUUGCCAGGAACCACAUCAUCUACAUCAGUGACUCGAACCUGGUCACUAUCGCCGGUGGGAAGUGGACCACUUACCGAGUCAUGGCGGAACACACCAUGGAUGCCGCGGUGAAGGCCUGUGGACUAGAGCAGCAACAGAGGUCGACGACCCUUGGCAUGACCUUGGAAGGAGGCCACACCUGGACUCCAACCUUGUACAUCCGUCUUGUCCAAGACUUUGGGUUGGAGCCGGAUGUGGCCAAGCACCUCUCGCGGAGCUACGGAGAUCGCGCAGUGUCCGUCGCAAAACUGGCCGCGCUCACUGGCAAACGCUGGCCUGUCCUAGGACGGAGACUGCACGAAGAGUUUCCCUACAUCGAGGCGGAGGUGCGGUACGCGAUCCGCGAGUAUGCAUGCACGGCAAUCGACGUGAUUGGUCGCCGGAUGCGGCUGUCCUUCCUCAACGUCCAAGCGGCCCACGAGUGCCUUCCACGAGUCGUCGACAUCAUGGCAGAAGAGCUCCAAUGGUCCAAGGCUCGGAAGGACGAAGAGCUUGCCAAGACCAGGGAGUUCCUCGACGUCGAGAUGGGUGGCAACGUCAACAAGGAGUCGCAGCAAAAGCUUAGCAUGAGCUUCACCAAGUCGGAAGUGGAUCAGUACAUCCAGAAGUUCCAGGCAAUCGACAAGGACCGCAAGGGGUACAUAAGCGUCGUGGACCUCCGGAGGAGCCUCAAGGCAGCGGGGGAGAGCGUCUCGGAGCUUCAGCUCCACGAGAUGCUCAACGAGGUGGACCUCAACAAGAACGGGCAGAUCGAGCUCAGCGAGUACCUUGAGCUGAUGAACUCUCUCAAGACCGGAUCCAUUGCGGGCAGCCGGCUUGCCAAGGCCGUAGAUCUUGAGUACUCGCGGACUCUCACCGUUGACCGGAGUGGCGGAGGACUUUAAGAGUGAAAAUGGUUCUUUAGGUUUAACCUUCCGUGCCAGAUGACGUAAGUAAAUGCUCUUCUGUUCCCAGCCGCCUUGCGUGCUACACAAGAUACAGAGUGCUCUGAAUCUCUUCCCGAUACAAAGGUAUUGCUGUUCUCCCCAUUUCUAUGUACCUAAACCCUUUCUUUUUAUCAAGAAGAAAGAGGUUUACCAGGCCCAGUGAAUGUGGGUCAAGCUCCUUGCUUUACAGUGUUUCUUGAAAAGCGUGUAACAAUAUUUAGCAUGGCUAAACUGUAUUGCCAUGCCUUCGAAUGGUUUGUUGCCUUGCUCCUGUACUACUCAGCCUAAGAUUAAUAACAAUAUACCCCAGUGCAUUUUUUUCUUCUUACAUAUUUAUAUUUACAGGGGUGUUGAAGUCCUGCAAGUUACUUUUGCUCUUGGGAUGGUUUGGAAGCAGUCUUAUUUGUAUCCCUGUGAUAGCUGUAAUUCAUAUUUCCGCUUCUGUUGCAUUGAUGCCGAGCAUUAUCUGAGCACAAGUUAUAUGUGUCUUGGUGGAUGAGCUUUUUUUGCAUCAAAUGCACAUUUGCACAAGCUUGGGUGAUAGUCCUGUGAUAGUCAGUCCCUAGUCUUUAUACCUAAGUUGAUGCUCCUUUCUUUUUGUGCGAUUAAAAAUCCAGUCCUUCAGAGAUGUCCAGCAAAGUUUUUGUUUGUUUAGGUGUUAAGAGUGAAAAGUUUACAUUUCUGUUGAAACUGUUGUUUGAAGACCAUAAUCAUUGUCUUUUCGUCCCAUUGGCUCUGCUUCCAAUUUCAGAUUUUUCUUUUUUAUGUAGAAUCUCACAUCAAAAGUACUUGACGUUGUCUGUACUUACUCUUCAUGAUUAUGAAAACAAGCUGUACACACUGCUACGUAGCCAAAUAUGACACGGGUGCUUUGUUGCUAUUUAUUUACUUUGAUUACUAGAAUUGAAAUUCAAACUACCGCCGAUUUGGUGCCAUGUACAAAGACAUUGUUCCACACCAGUAGCUUCGAUGCAAAAAAAAAAAAAGAAUACUGCAAUAAUAUGUUUAACUGUGUAGCGCUGUGUAUAUGCUGCAUGAAGACUCUAGUGCAUUUGCUGCCUUUACUCGAGUUGAUAUUAUUAGGUUGUGUUGCAAUAUAGGAGUUUUAUUUUACCAUGUGCAUUUGUCCCCUUAGGUUGUUUUUGGUAUGUAUGGAAUGUUUUAAGUGAUCAAAGAUUAGUGCAGUGAUGUUUUGAAAUCAUACAGUUUUACCACUGUACAGGUUGUUUUUGGUAUGUAUGAAAUGUUUUGAGUGAUCAAAAAUUAGUGUAGUGAUGUUUUUGAAAUUUUAGCGCUAUGUAUGCUCUAUUCAAGUUUGCUAGCACUGCUACCUUUUUUUUUUUUUUUUCCUGUUUGAAUAAACUAUCACCUUCUG